GUGGAAUGACGUCAGAUGCUAAGGUUGUUGUUGCUUCUAAACGUGUUUGUGCAUCGCACAGGAUUUGAUGAUAUUGAGCUAACUGGGUUUCUAGGGGGCGGUGCCUCUCGGCAAACUAUAAGGAUCCUAACCAUGAGUAUUCACUAUAAAGCUCGUAUUGAGACAUAUCCACGGACAAAGGACGUGAAACGCUUCCCAGUGCCAGAUGACAAGGUGCCGUGGAGUGCCGAGUAUUCUAUAUAUGAACCUGUCGACUACACUUCUCCCAAAGUUUUGGAGAAACCAGUUUGGGCAGAUCCUGAUGUAAGACACGCAGAUGCUGUUAUACGUCAGCCCAAGUGGAACAGUGUAGAUGGAGUAAUAAACAGAAGAAGCCAUUUAGGAAAUUACGACGUUAUAGACAAAGUUCCAAGGAAUCCCGUGGGCCGCACUGGUCUCCGUGGGCGGGGCUGUCUUGGAAGAUGGGGACCUAAUCAUGCUGGAGAUCCAAUAGUUACACGAUGGAAGCGGAAUACAACAGGAGAAGUAGUUAAAGCCAAAUCAGGUCCCAUUCUUCAGUUUAUAGCAGUACAGAGACAGGACAAUAAGGAAUGGGCGCUGCCAGGGGGUAUGGUUGAUGCAGGGGAGGUGGUAUCUGUCACACUGAAAAGAGAGUUCGGAGAGGAGGCGUUGAACUCACUCAUGGCAACAGAUGAUGAGAAGAAGCAAAUUAGGCAGUCAAUAAGUGAUUUAUUUGACCAAGGUGGAUCAGAGAUUUACAGAGGCUAUGUUGAUGAUCCUCGGAACACAGACAAUUCAUGGAUGGAGACAAUAGCAGUGAAUUUACAUGACGAAAGAGGAGAAAAUGUUGCUAGAUUUAAACUCAAUGCAGGUGAUGAUGCUGUAGGGGUACAGUGGAUGGAUGUGGAUCAUUCGUUACAGCUGUACGCCAGCCAUCGAGACUUCAUACAGAGAACUGCUGAGAAACUACAAGCCAGCUGGUGAAAGACAAAUCCAUAUCAACACCUUGCAAACAUCAACGUUUCUCCUCACACAGACUCAUCCUAGCUAGGCCCUGCAUAUAGACCUGGCUUCAUUUGAUGAUACUGUGACUCAAUUAGCUCUUACAGUGUUCGAAAUUAGGGCUGAAAGCAGGGAUCCUUAUCAUAACCCGAAAAUUGAAAACUGUAAGAGUCAGAUUCUGAUACUUUUGAAGCAGAUGUCAAUCCCUGACAACCCCUCAAUUUUGAACACUGGUUUAAUCAUAUGGUGCGGAAUGAUAUCCUGAAUGAAUCUAAAUGUAAGUAGAUAUUAGUUCAACACAGGUCAGGUGCACCAUAAGGCAAUUACCACAAAGAAUAAUCUCAUAUCCUUCCCAAGUGUGUCAGAUUAGUGAUUUGAUUUAAGAACAGCAUCAGUCUUUUCAGUUAUGAACAUAUGCAAAACAUUCCCAGAUUAGUCUUCUAUUAUGUCUUGAUAAUAAUUCUGGGCCCUGAUACAGAGAUCUAAUGUCUAGAGCAAGGGGAUUAGAAUGUACAGUAAGCCUAUGUCUUGCCUCUGCAGUCAAUGAUUAUGGAUCAACAAAAGUUACGAUUUCUUCUGAUGGAUUCAGAGCUAAUCUGUUUGUCUUACACGUUGAGCAUACUAAGCUGAAAAUCCAUAACACUUAAGAAUAUUGUUGGCACUUUUUCAACCAUACUACCAGAAAUGAUGAAUCUUGUCUGUUUUCUUUCAUAAAGAAUAUACAGAUGUACUGGUAAACCAAAUGUGGAAUAUGCAAAGCAAAAAGCUUUAAAGAUGGCCCACUGAUUAUGUUAUUGUACCAGGGCCACAGCUAAAUAUUUGAAAUGUGGCCCAGGGUGCCGUUAAUAUGAAGCAAUCUUACAGCUAAGUUGACCGUAAUUCCCAUACCUUAUCAUAGACUUGCUAUAGUCUUAGCUAAGGCUGUUUUGUAAAACGGCAUUCUGGGGAUUAAUGGCAUUAGUCCUCUAGUGAAGGGUGCUAACAGGUGCUUUUCCACAUACAAAAAAGAGUCUCAUUUCAUAUCAGUGUCUAAUAUUAACAAGUGUGAAUAGUGUUAAGUCUGCAGCCAUAAUUCUAAGACAUCCCCUGAUUUCAAACACUGUAGAUGAUAUUGAUGUAAACACACCAGCUGCUCUCCGCAGUGCUAUGACAGCCAAUAACAUGCACUCUAUUGCACUUCAUGACAUUCUGGGAAGAAAUGACUGCUGUGAGGAGCUUUGGGAAAUCUAUGUAUGUUAUUAAUAGUAGUACAUAAACAUGAAAUAGGGGAAUGUUACAUGUUGAAAUAGACACCCUUUUGUUUCCAAAAGCAUCUCCGGUAAAUUGUAUAUGUGAAAUAUUUAGAGCAAUAAGGCAUCUUUGACAUUUACCUACACUGAAGCAAAAUAGAAACAGUUUCAAGGAUUUAAUGACAGGUACAUAUUUUAUAUGUGUGUGUCUGCAUACAUGGUUCUGAUACCAAAUUUCAAAUUUUUACUAAAAAUCUAAGUUAAGAGUUCCACUACUGGUGACCACAGUACGGAUGAAAGCUUGUUGAUAUUGGUAAAACCCACACCUCAACAGCUUCCACAAGUCUCAGGGUAUGUCUUGUGGUGAAAUAACGCCCUAGUUUGUUAUUAACGAUAUUAAAGAAAACAUACAUUGUGACAUCAAAAUUAAAGAAAAUUCUCAUCAAGCCUUCAUCAGUAGCUGCUUAUUUAGAGAAAAAUCUUUUCAUAUUUUGCUUUACUUGGAAUCAACUAUGUUUGUACAGACCAAAGCUAUCUCCUUGUGUUUGCCACUUUGGCUGAAUUCUGUAUCCUUUGUUGAAAAUCAGAUAACUACCGGUAUGUAGAAACGACGUGACAAAGAUAUGUUCACAGACAUCUUGGAACCAACUAAAGGACGAAUAAUUUGAUACUUGGAAAAGCGAGGGUUGUUUUAUACAAAAAUAUUCAGCUAUAGCUGUAAAACAAGAUAUUUUAAAAGAAAUUAUGAACCAAAAUAUUUUUUCAGUGAAAUACAUCUUGCAACAUUGUAAUUUUUGUGGUGAAUUAUUUCUUUAAGUCAACAGGCUGAAGCAUAAUAAUUCUCGUCAAGCAUUUUGUAGGACAAUUAUUCAAUUGUAUGAACUCCAAGGAUAUGAGAUGUCUUUAAUACUGUUUCUCCAUUAUAAUUGUUGUUUGUGCCUUAGAUUUGCCUGAAAUAUUUGUUCAUGCUUUGAAGGUCCUUGACUUCCAUAUUGAAAGAAUGAUAUUAGUUUUUAUGCACCAACAUUGGUGCUCCGAGUCUAUACGACAGCAGCAGAAUGUUAUAUCAUAGUUGGUACAAUAUGAUGUAUAACGUCCCAUGUUUGUUAUAACAGUUAUACGCUAACAUGUACCACAGGUUCUCGACCCGUCUAUGUACAUUAGAUGUAGAUUAGUGAUAGUAAUUUGAAUUUUUGUAUCAAUGAUGAUGAUAAUUCUCCUCCGUCCUGAUCGAGUACAUGUAGUGUUGUAUUAGAGUAUGUCUGUACUCCCACCAUGUCACAGAUAAUAUUUGAUAAUGUAAUUUGUAAACUUAGCAACAUAGGAGCUAAAGUGAUCAUGAUUUGUGGCACCUGAUUUUGGCUUUUUCUAACUUCAAAUAGAUGUUGAUAUUUUUAAACCUUUAUUUUACUGUGUUUUGGAAUCACUAACAGUGUCACUGUUGGGGAUCCUUGACAAGACUGACGUUACAAGUUAAAGGGUUAAGGUUCCUUAGGUUGAAAUACUAUGGAGACAACCCCAAUUAUCCCAUGACUGCUGUUAAUUUCAGACAAUCAGACUAAAAAUUAUUCUUAUGUCUUGCACAAAAUAUUUAGAUGUAAUAGCUCGGUGUGUAAUUCUCAAUUACAGCUGAAACAACAGUGCAGUUACUGUGUUCUAGUAUGUCCUGUCAAGUCACAAGUCAAUGUUAUAAUCCCUGUCAGAUUUUGCCUGGUUCAUUCUGAUGGUGAAAAUUUUAUGGUGUCAAUAUUGUUAGCAUGCAUAUGUCUGUGAAUGUAAAGUGCAUGUAGGUUUCUGUUUUGAAUAAGCAGUGUCGGAGUAUAUUGCAAAUCGUUUCUGUAUUUGUAGGAAACAUUCAGGAAGAUAACCAGCAUUUCAAACAGCUUCUUCACGUUAGUAUGAUCAGUGUGAAUAUUUGUGGGUCUGUUUAUGCAUUUGAGUAUAAGUACCUGGGACUCCAGGUAUGAUUGAAGAUAACAAUGGAUAGGACUGUUCCAUAAGGGAUGGUAGUGCUAUGACUUUUGAAAGACUAUGUUAAAGUGUAUGGAUGCUAGGUUAAUUGGAAUUAGGGCCAAGUCAAAGUAAGAGAGAGUUCAUGUUUAAUGACUUCAGCAAUAUGGGGACUUGCAGUUUAGUGGAUCUGCGUAGGGACACUGUUGUAGUGUCAAACUCACCCUAUACCCUAUAAUUCUUAUGCAAAAACACUUAUUGGAAGAGGAUGUUUACACACUGCGAAAACUCCAGUAGGUAUGGUUCAAGUUCAUCUUAUAGUACCCAAUAGAUUCUGAACAAGGGCACUAUUCUUUGCAAUGGAUGGUCACAGACUGUCUAUUCAGCAUGGGAGCUCUAGUAGAGAUGAUUCAAGUUGAUCUAAUAGAACCCAAUAGUUUCUUCGCACUCUUAACUCUUAGAAGCUGUGAAGUCUUUGCACUCCGACUAGAAGUUGUGAUGAAUGACAAUCCAGUUGUCUGUUGUGUAACAGUAAUGUAGCCUGAGAGUUCCUGUUGAUGCAACAAAGAGACAGUGAAGUGUACCGAUCCCAAUUAGCAAUGACAAUCUCCUUCAAGGAAGAGAAGUAUCUAUUUUUGUUCCCGAGUUAAAACCAUGACUAUCUCCUCUCUUUCUUCAGCACUGAAAUGUUCUACCUCCAAAAAUGUGGACACAACGUCCAACGUACAAGGCAAAAUAAUACCUGUAGGACUGUUCAAUUUUAGUCAAAGGAAUUCCCUUCCUGAACAUAUUUUAAGGGGGCUUUCUCUGUUGGCUGAAACUUUGUUUAUCAAGAUCUUUGUUAGCAUGAACAAUUUCAGAGGGAGCUGUACUUUGAUAAACCAGUAUAACGCCAGCCUAAGUAAACUUAGGCUCAGUAUUAUUCCUUACACUGCUAUACUGAGUCUAACAAACCCUUGUAGAAGGUCGGGUCAGCUGAACCUAAGUUUACUUAGACUGGUAUAACUACACCACAAGACAGUGUUCCUGACUGGAGAAGUAAAAGUCUUGGCUCUGCUUACUGUUGCUCUUAUGUAGAUAUUUUGUUUAUAGUUUUUGUACAUGAGGUUUAAGUGCCUGUUGUAUUGUGGCCAGAAUACGUUUAGAAAGUGUUAAUGCAUGUUUGUGGGAAAUUCAAAUCACAUAAUUCAAGAAAUGACAAAGGAGACGAAGCAUUUUGUUGUGAGUAUAUUUUUAGCAUCUACAUCUCCAAGUUCUGCAUGAAUGCAUAUUCGGUCCCUUUUCUGCAAGUUACGUGCGGCUUUCAGUGUUAAAUUUUAAAAGUACUGAUUGUCUUAGUCUCAGAUCAGAUUGUGGAACCUGGCUAGUACACAGUCUCAAGUUCUCUCUCCUACUUAAACUUAUACUACACGAGCCACAUUUUUAAUCAAAGGUAAUUUGACAGGACACUUGAUGCAUAAAGAUGAAUACUGCAUCUCCGAUGGUAACGGCAAGAUGCUAUUGUAGUAUGUUGUUUUAGAACAUAAAAACAAUUUUGUUUUUCAAUGAAUGUUAUAGGCUAGGCAACAAUGUUGCAUUAGGGUUCAGUUGCAAGUCAAAUACGCUACUCUUCAUUCUGUAUUGAUUUCAAAUUGUUUGAAUAUAUGUGCUCUGUGUAUGAAACUGUUUGAUUCUUGGCUUGUUUGUGAUUCAUAUUUAUCAUGAAUAGGGAUCUCUUGGGCUUGUCAGUAGUACCCUUGACCAACCUGUAACCUGUACAAGUGCCCCUAAUAAAACCCAAAUGAAAAAUCAUUUACCCAUUUUGACUCCAUAAUUGUCUAUUGUGAUAAUAUUGUACUGUGAACAAAGUAAUGGCUAUAGGUAUAGUGUUGGGUUUAUGACGUGGAGUCCGUGUGAUGACAACUAAGUGCUCUUAUAUCAAUAUGAGAAAGCACAUCCAUGUUUUGCCUCCGAAACAGGACACUGUGAUAUAUUUAUCAAACUUGUCACGAUACAUAGUCAUUUCAGACUAAUUCAGUCAAUGCUGUACCAAAUGGCUGUUCCGUGCAGAAAUUCUGCAUUACGAUUACUGAAUGCUUUAUGAUGGUAUAAAGCUUAACAUAUUCGACUCAAAAGAGUAAAAGACCACCCAAUUCUUUCCUAUAUCUGUCACAGCUAAAAUUAAUUCAAAUUUCUGGCUGACAGAAUAUGAAAGAACUGGUAAUGUUUCACUUCUUUUUGAGUUUUACAACAUUUUUUUUCUGCAAAUGGCUGUUUUUGUCUUUCAUUUUUAACUGAAUGUUUGGAAGAAUGUAUUAUUAGAUACUCAUUAAUACCUGGAGCAAUGGCCUCUGAAAACAUUCCUAUAUUAUGAACUGUGCCUGUGAAAUGAAACUUUUUUAUAUGUCUGCCUUUAGAAAAUCAAUUUGAUGUUAUCCAUUCAAAGAAUUUGAAAUCAGUUUAGGCUAGACUGACAGUUGUUACUUUAUAAUCUUUAGGUGUGAAAGAAAAAUGUUAAUUAAAUGUUAUAACAAAUUUCCCUUUGUUUUGCAGUCUGUAGACCUGUUUAUCUCUGAAGUAAGAAAUGUUGUUUUCAUCCAAAGUACUUUAUUCAUAAUAACAGUUCUGUAUAGGGAUACAAUUACCUACACUCCUAACAGAAAGUAUUAUUUCAUGAUACCGAUUUUGUUUACAUUUCUUCAGAUACAGAAAAUAUACUCCUGGAAUGCUUACCUGUACUUUCUAUAAUCAUGCUUCUUGACAAAACCUCAAGAACUGCUUUAUUUUCAACACCAGUACUAUUUAUUUAUGAUCCUUAAGGCCAGACCAAUUUUAUUUCUUGUUUUACAGAUCCGCUUGUCAUAUUCUUUCAAGAAUAAGAAAAACAAAAUAAUUGAUUUUCCCUGCUCCAAAAAUAAAAUCCUAAUGUUAAUGUGAUGAAAGUGAAAUACUCUUGAAAUCAGUGUGAAACCUAACCUCAUUCAACUUAUUUUUGGUUGAUAUAGACAAACCAAAAGAGUGAACAUGGAAACUCUGUGGGUUUUUUUGUUUUUUUUCCCCUCCUGCCUUUAGGUUUUAUGAGGACAAAUAUCCGUAAACAAGAAAUAAAAUUGGUCUGGCCUAAAUAAAAAUUAAAUUUAAGAAAACCCCACGUGUUCUACCAAUACCAUAGUAAUUACUUAUCGUUACCCUAAUAUACUUUCCCCAAGGAACCCUUAAAUUAAAUUAAAUUAAAACCACAUGCUUAUGACAGGUAGUGUUCUAUAGUGUUGACUGUUCUUGGACUGGGAGAUCUUCCUGUCCACCAUUGUUGGUUACUUGUUACGUGUAUUGACCGUUUCUUCACCUGUGAUGUCAUCUUACUCUCUGUCUUAGUUUCUGUGUUACAGACAGUAGUUUCUUAACGUUACUGUAGGCUAUAUGAUAAUAAACACUGUAUUCAUACUC